ACACCUCACCCAGGCUGGCGCGCCGCCUUCCAGGGCUGUGUCCCGGCGGGAGGUGCGUCGGUCGCCAUGCCGCUGCGCGCGGUGGUGUUCGACCUGGACGGAGUGCUGGCGGUGCCCUCGGCCGCCCGCGCCCUCGGCCGCACCGAGGAGGCCCUGGCGCUGCCCAGAGGCUUUCUGAAUGAAGCUUUCCAGAAAGGAGGCCCAGAUGGUUGCAGUGCCCGUCUAUUGAGAGGAGAGAUCACAUUUUCCCAGUGGCUACCGCUCGUGGAAGAAGACUGCAGGAAACGCUCCGAGGCCUCUGGAAUCUGCCUCCCCAAGAAUUUCUCGAUAAAUCAAAUCUUAGGCAAGGCAGUUUCAGCAAGAACGAUCAACUACCCCAUGCUCCAAGCAGCUCUCACUCUUAGAAAGAAGGGACUUGCGACCUGCCUGCUCACCAACAACUGGCUGGAUGACAGCGCCGAGAGAGGCAGCCUGGCCCAGCUGAUGUGUGAGCUGAGUCCUCACUUCGACUUCCUGAUCGAGUCGUGCAGGGUCGGAAUGGCUAAGCCGGAGCCUCAGAUCUACAAGUUUGUACUGGACACCCUGAAGGCCAGACCCAGUGAGGUUGUCUUCUUAGAUGACACUGGGGGUUAUCUGAAGCCGGCCCGUGACUUGGGAAUGGUCACCAUCCUCGUCCAUGACACCGACACAGCCCUGCGGGAGCUGGAGAAAGUAACUGGGCUGCAGCCCCUCCAUCCCGCAGCCCCUCUGCCACCCCCCUGCAGUCCCAGUGACGUGAGUCAUGGGUACGUGACAGUGAAGCCUGGAGUCCAUCUGCAUUUUGUGGAGCUGGGCUCCGGCCCUCCCGUGUGCCUCUGCCAUGGAUUCCCUGAGAGCUGGUUCUCUUGGAGGUACCAGAUCCCUGCUCUGGCCCAGGCAGGUUACCGAGUUCUGGCUGUAGACAUGAAAGGCUAUGGAGACUCAUCCGCUCCUCCAGAAAUAGAAGAAUAUUCCAUGGAAGUGUUAUGUAAGGACAUGGUGACCUUCCUGGAUAAGUUGGGCCUCUCUCAAACAGUGUUCAUUGGCCACGACUGGGGGGGCGCACUGGUGUGGAACAUGGCUCUCUUCUACCCUGAGAGAGUGAGGGCGGUGGCCAGUUUGAACACCCCCUUCAUGCCGGCAAAUCCCAACGUGUCCCCCAUGGAAGGUAUCAAAGCCAACCCAGCUUUUGAUUACCAGCUCUACUUCCAGGAACCAGGAGUGGCUGAGGCUGAACUGGAACGGAACCCGAGUCGGACUUUCAAGACCAUCUUCAGAGCAAGUGAUGAGACUCUUUCGUCCACACGAAGUGUCCGUGAAAGGGGAGGAUUCUUGGUGAAUAUGCCAGAAGAACCCAGCCUCAGCAAGAUGGUCACUGAGGAGGAAAUCCAGUUCUACGUACAGCAGUUCAAGAAGUCUGGUUUCAGAGGCCCCCUAAACUGGUAUCGAAACAUGGAAAAGAACUGGCAGUGGGGCUGCAAAGCUUUGGGACGGAAGAUCCUGAUUCCGGCCCUGAUGGUAACGGUGGAGAAGGACCCAGUGCUUGUUCCUGAGCUGUCCAAGCACAUGGAGGACUGGAUCCCCAGCCUGAAAAGAGGACACAUGAAGGACUGUGGGCACUGGACGCAGAUGGAGAAGCCCGCCGAGGUGAAUCGGAUCCUCAUCGAGUGGCUGGAGACCGAGGCCGGAAACCCACCAGUGCUCUCAAAGAUUUAGCACGUGGCGUGUGGCCGCACCAGCAGGCGGUCCCUCUUCCAUCUGUGGGAGCACCGCUCUUGGUAUCUGGAUGUGGCCUCGCCCGGUCUCUCCUAACCAGCAGCACUGUCCCAGGGGGGUGCGCAAGAAUGGUGGAUUUUCAUUAAAUGAAGUGAAUUAAAUCCGAUGUAAUUUUAGAUCCAGGAGAAAUCACGUGUGAUUAGUUCUCUGGCUAUAACUGUAUCGUCCCCCUACCUGUCUCUAAGGACGGCUAACAUCCUGUGGGGGACAGAAUGGAGCAGCCGGUGGUGAUUUCUCUUUGGUGAUUUUUCUUUGACUGACCGAUUCACAACUUUGUAGCAAAAUCAGCAGUUCAUUCUGAAGCGUCUCAGCAGAGAUGAGACCCCUUCAUUCA